CGUGUUUAUACAGGUGAAAGGGAGACAAACGAUGACAGCGAGUCUCGUGAUUUGCCCACAUUUAAGUGACGUUUGUGCCAUUCUAUGUAUUCUAGCAUCAGCUCUAUUUCCAGUGAAUAGUCAUAUCAACUGACUGGGUCGAGUGUAUUUGCGUAGCUUCUGACAGCUGGUGCUAGCAGCACUGAAACGCGCGUUGGUUAGUAUUCGUGGGAUUCGUGCGAGCGCGAAGUGUCGCUCAUUGUCAGUCUGCUCCGCAAUCACAUCGAGAGAAAUGGUACUGUGCUUUGUGUAGAAGUGGGGCGUUCAUAUUUCGAAUCACAACAUCCUCGCGUGAUGACUUCGCAUGUAUCUGGGUUUAUCAAGUGUUUUGAAAAUUCAAAUAACCCCAACUGGGUAAUCACGCGAAAAGUCCUCCGCGAGAAUACAUCCUUCUAGUACACCUGGAUUGUCCACCAAUACCAAGUUGUCCUAGUAAAAUGGCGGAGGAAAUAACGAAUCAAGUCAACAAUGCUCCAGGAAGAGGCAGUAACGUACUACGUGCAAAUUCUUGGAGUAACGGACAUGACAGCGGAGAAGAUAGUGAACUUCUAAAUGAACCGGAGACUGAAAGUCCAAGAAUGAGACAGUCCAGCCCAAGACCAAGCCACAGAUUUUACACCUCGACUACAAUGGCCGAGGAAAAAAUGCGGCGAAGGCUUAGAUUCUUCUUCAUGAAUCCCAUUGAAAAAUGGCAGGCUAAACGUAGAAUGCCGUACAAAUUCCUCACUCAAGUUAUCAAGAUAGUAUUAGUGACUGUACAGCUUUGUCUGUUUGCCCAUAACAACUAUAUGCACGUCAAUUACUCUUGGGAUAAUCGAAUCUCUUUCUCACAUCUGUUUCUCAAAGGAUGGGACGCUACACAAGAAGUAGCAGCUUAUCCACCUGCAACAGGUCCGCUAGCACUGUACAAACAAGAUGAGUUCUACAGCACCAUAGAUUAUGCUCUAGAAGGAUAUUACAACCUCAGCAAUGCCAUAGGCCCAUACUCAUAUACUGCAGAGGACAAUUCUGUGGGACUUGUAGUUCUGUGCUUAUUCGAGUACAAGGAAGGGACGAUAUUCGGUUUCAACGAGAGUUAUGUAUUCGACAGUGAAAUCAUCACGACUUGCUACAAUAUUACACGUGCAUCCUUUGGUGGUUUUUCAUCGCGUGCAUUUCUCAAGGAUAAAAAGGUUCCGAUAACGUUUUCAAGUCUGGUAAGAGCACACCUCAAAUUUUCAAUUAAAACUAUAAACUUCAAAGCUGCUGGACCAAUCACACCACCCGAUUGUUAUCAGUUUGACGUGACGAUUGAUUUUGAUAACAGAGAUCACGAUGGGCAGAUGCUUCUUUCUUUAGAUGCAGAGGCAAUUAGAUUAGAAUGUAGAGGAGACACCAAAUACAUAACUGAUGAUCGUAUAGAAUCUGCAUUAAGAACGAUUUUGAAUGUGUUCGUAAUUCUGAUUUGUACAAUUUCCCUUAUUUUGUGCUCAAGAGCUAUUUAUAGAGCACAAUUACUCAAGUUUGAAACCAUAAAUUUCUUUGAAAAAACUUAUGGAAAAACUUUGAGCGUUGAGGGUAAAUUAGAGUUCCUAAACAUGUGGUACAUAAUGAUUAUAAUAAAUGAUCUUUUGAUCAUAUUGGGCUCUGCUAUCAAAGAGCAGAUCGAGAAAAAACAUUAUGGAGGUGAUCAGUACAAUCUUUGCAGCGUAUUUCUGGGGACGGGUAACUUGUUGGUGUGGUUUGGCGUUCUCAGAUACUUGGGAUUCUUCAAAACUUACAAUGUAGUCAUUUUAACGCUGAAAAAAGCGGCGCCUAAGGUAGCUAGAUUCUUGCUUUGCGCACUUCUGAUUUAUGCCGGUUUUACUUUCUGUGGCUGGCUCAUCUUAGGGCCUUAUCACAUGAAGUUCAGGUCUUUAGCGACUACAUCCGAAUGCCUUUUUGCUCUGAUCAAUGGCGACGAUAUGUUUGCUACAUUUUCAAUCAUGUCUUUCAAAUCUACCAUGUUGUGGUGGUACGCGAGAUUAUAUUUGUACUCGUUUAUAUCUCUUUACAUAUACGUCGUUCUGAGUUUAUUCAUUUCCGUCAUUAUGGACGCCUAUGAUACCAUUAAACUCUAUUAUCGCGACGGAUUUCCGAAAAGCGAUCUCCAGGCAUUCGUUGCCGUUUGUACAGAUCCAGCAUCGAGCGGCGCUUACAUGCAAGAGACUGAUGAGGGCAACAUAACACAGAUUAUCGAUAGAUUUUUUUGUUGCCGAAACAGGCCUUACACGAAUUUGGAUAACUCAAGUACCGGUAACUCGAGUAAAUCCGAACAAGUCUGCGGCACAGCUAUUUGUAUAUAGUAAAUUGUUGGAAGAUCCAAAAACGUAUAAAAAUUACGGUACGUUUCGAUGAGUUGAGAUACAGUCGGAACUAUUCAGAGGAUCAACUUUUGUCCUGCAUUUGUUGAGCAAUGAAAAUUUUAGUAACACUAGAUUUAACAUUCUACGGUAACUCAUGUUCAGCUGAGACCUCAAAUAUUUUAUAUCAAAUUCAAUGCGGCAUUUAUGGUCGUCUGAUGAACAUUUGCUAUUACCAAGAUGUUAGUUUGUAUCGAUUUGAAGGUGCUGUUAUAAUGUGCAUUUCGUUCCCUGUAAAAAAUUUAACAUGCUUGGAGAGUUUAUCUUCAACCACAUAGUUUGGUUUUGAAUUAUGAGCGUCUUAAAUAUUUCAAACUUAAAUUAAUUGCUCAAGUAUUUCCUACAAGAAAUAUCAACUACACAAAAUAAAACUGGAUUGAAUAUCUUUUUCGAUGUUCGUACAUCUAUAAUGCAAUAUCAGUUCACUGCGGGUUUAUUGAGCUUUAAAAUAUUCGUUACGUGAUAAAUAACUCCUUGAAAUCUGUGUCCCGUCAAAAAUAUUCUCUCCCCUUUGGAUGGCAUGCCACAUAAGAUCAAACAGGAAUUUAUGAAGUGUUCAUUGUGAUUGUGUAAAUAAUAUUUUGUAGAAUUUCAGGUAUUAAGCUGAAACGCACCAUUAAUAAUCUAAUUAGUGAAAAAGUAAAAAAAAAAUAUACCUUCGACUCAUUUAAUGUCAGUUAUAUGCAAGAGUUAUUGAAAUUAGAAUUGCGGAUCGAAAAAUUUUACCAUAAUAAUCAUUUUUAUACAAAGCAGAAUAAGGAAAAAAUGUAGCUGUUAAAUAUAGUUCAGAAUCAUUGUUUGCGUAUCUUCUAAUUUUAUCGUAGUUCUCUUCUCAUAUUUGGUUACUAUCAACUUUAUUUCGAGGAAGCAGAUAUGUACGUAUAAUUUCAAAUUUAUUUAUAUACUAUACAUUUAUGUGAAUCAAAUUUUUGCAGCGUGAUAUUAUUUUAAUGUUAUUUGUAAAUAGAUUAUCGCUCAAAAAUAAAUGUAUAUGCAGCUUGUAGAGGAUAAUCAAUUCUGCAGUAUAGAGAGGAAUGGGAUACAUAGUUCUCUCAUAGCAUUUUCUCUCAACGAGUCCAGUUAUAAUCACCCCAUGACAAUAAUAAAAUAUUUGUGGAUAAUGAUGAUGGGUGAUCCAUAAAAUCGAAAGAUUAUCUGUAACUUAGUUUUUUGUUCCGCAGGUAGUCAGAUUACCUAUCUUCUAAUGUAAAAUUUGUGUAACGUUCUCAUGGUUUCGAUCUAUAUAUUGAUUGAGUAAUCCGAUCCAUGAGUCCUUGUAAUACAGAUAAGAGAAAUAUUAAAUUUUAAAUACACAAUGCAUUAUUACGCAAUUUGUUUGUACGAUAUACGUCAUCUGUGUCUCUCUGCAUAUACAAUACAUUAUUAAUUAUGAAUUCCGUAACAUUGUGUUAUGUAUCAUAUUAAAAACCACCAUAAACGUGCCAAAGA